AAGAAAAGCGUAAAGCAUUCUCAUUAAAUUCUCAUUAAUUACUUCACAAGAAAGUGGUUUAUCAAUUUAUUAUAAAUUAGUUUUGCAAUGCUUUCGUAAAAUGGUUACAUAAAAAGAAUGUACCCUAUUGUUUGUCCCGAUUAAAAAUUCAAUUCAAUUUGAAUUUUUAAUGAUAUUUAGGGUACAAUAACCUUCCGGACUCACCAAUCGAUGGUCGAAAAAUCACCGCCGGUAUUUUCCCCUUGCACAAAUCGUAAACCACAUGCUCGGCCAAUGAUUUGGUAAAAGUGUAAGUGUUUGGUAAUGGAUGUACAUAUUUUUCAGUCAGAAUAUUCAAGGCAUGUUUGUCAACAGUUUCUGCAAUCUCAAUAGUUUUCCUCCAAUCAGCAUGGGCCGGGUAUAACUGUUCGCCAAUCACCUUGCGGUCUGUGUUACAAUAGGUGGUCGAGAUGUGUACGAAAGAGUCCAAAUUUUUCAUGGCCAACGCCAAAUUGACAACUUCGCGGGUCCCCCUCGUAUUUAACAAAACAGCAUCGGUUAGGGCAUCGUCGAAACGCACAGAGGCGGCUCCGUGGAAAAUAACAUUGAUGUUGUGGAUGAGGAGUUGACGAUCGGCGGGAGAAAGGCCGAGGCCGAGCCGAGUAACGUCACCAUUGAUGACUUUGAUCUUGUCCAAAAUUUUCGGUUUUCUCGAUUUGAUUGUGUCAAAAAGCUGUCAAAAAACACUUACUUUGAUUUUAAGUCCUAAAAAACUCUUACCGGUAGGUCUGUCAUAAGUUUGAUUCUUUCCUCCAAACUUUUUCCUUUUUUCUCCCUCAUGAGUAAGUAAAUGUUUGCCAAGUCGGGGCAUGAUCGUAACAGCUUUUCCACUAGAACUUUCCCGACGAAUCCGCUUCCGCCCGUUAUGAAAAUAUUUUUUCCGCGGAAAAAUUCGGUGAUUGUUGGAAGUUCGGCCAUUUCGAGUGCUUGUUUACAACUGAUUUAGUCGAGUCGAAGUUGGCGUUGACCCGGACCCCGAUUAACAUACAAUGAAAAUUAAUUUUCGAGUGAAUUCGAUGGUAGAAAAAAUAUGACUAAAGCAAACUUGGACAAAUAACUCAUUAAGAGCGGAUAUGGUAAUCUUCAUUACCUACACAUGAGUUGGCAGAAAUCUAGGACGGUCUUUGCUUGAAACAAUUGAUUAAAGAAAGUUAGAUCAAUUAUUGUAUUGUCAAAAACAAUUAGAAACAGUUUUUUUGUUUUGGGCCAAUUUGGGAACCAAAUGUGUCCAGUUUUCGUGUUUGAAGCCUACUACGGAAACAAAUUUUUGAAUACUUUGACAUUUGGCGUGUCGUUUUUGACACUUUAUUUAUUCUAAAAAUUUAUUUUUAUUACAAAAAAUGGCCAAAGGAAAAACCAAAAAUAAAAAAUUAGAAAAAACCGCAGCCACUUCUGAGCCAGGAUUAGAAAAUGUUGUAGUUGAGAAAAGUGAAGAUCAAAUAAUUGAAGAAAUUCAACCUCCUCCUGUAGAAGCCGUGAGUUCUAAAACUAAAAAUGAAGAACAAAUCGAACCAAAUUUAGCUACAGAGCAAAUAAAUGAAGGGCAAAAAGAAGAAAAACCUGAAGAUGUUCCUGACUUGCAAGAGCUUGAAGCGGAGGCUUCUAAACCUGAUUUAAAGAGAGCUUCUUCUAAGAAAGUGUCAAAAGGAAAGAAAAGCACUUCUGAGAUGAGUGUAGGGAAAAAGAAACGCAAAAAAGAGAAGAAAAGCACUUCUGAGGCAAGUGUAGGAAAAAAGAAAGGCAAGAAAGAGAAGAAAAAAGGACAGAAAGGUAAAAAGGAUAUUGCAACUACUGAAGAACAAGAAGUACCACCGGAGGAAGAAACCGAAGAGAUUGACAAAUCACCUUCUGCCGGUAAAACAGUUUCCAUUACUGAAACUUCAGCCCAGAAACAAAGUAAAGUCAAAAUAGACAAAUCCCCGUCUGCUGUGUCAACAGAAGAAGAAACAAAGAAAGCAAAGAAAGCGAAAAAAGGUCGCUCAACCUCCGAGAUUAGUGUCGGAGAUGGUAAAAAGAAGAAGAAAAAGGUCAAAAAGGGUGCAUCCACGUCUCAAAUGAGUGUAACAGGGAAGAAAAAGAAGAAAUUGAAGAAAAGUGAAUCUAGCACUGAACCCGAACCAUCGCAAGAACAAAUUAAACCAGGUGUUUCCAUUUCUGAGACUGCCAUCGCCCACAAAAAGAAGAAAGCGAAAGGAAAGAGAGGCAAAAAAGUGAAGAAAAGUGCUUCAGUUCCUUCGGCAACAAUGUUAACACAAGAGAAAGGCAAGCAUUUGCCGACUGCUUCGGAAGUUAGUUUGAAGAAGAAAGAUAAGAAAUCUUCGUCAAGUUUGAGGAAAAUAAUGAGUUCGGGAUCACAAAUUGGAAAAUCUUUCUCGACUGUGAGGUCUAAGACUAAAUCGGUGGAACGCCAUGUUUCCUCCCAAUGGACUCUUGUAGAUGCUGAUUCCGAUGAAGAUUCAGAUUAUUCGUAUGAAGAUAUAAUUGAAGAGAGUGAAAUCAAAAAAGCAUCUAGUGAAUUUAAAAUAAAAGUGAAGAAAGGCAAGGGAAAGAAAGGUAAAAAAGUAAAGAUGGAGGUGAGUGAAGACGAAGAACCGAAAAAGAAAAAGGGUAAAAAAGGUAAGAAAGGCAAAAAGAAAACAGUCGAGUCUGAAGAAGAAAAAGAAGAAGUGGCGAUUGAGCCACAAGACGACGUUUUGGCCGAAAUCGCUCGAAUGAAAUAUUUGGCAGAACUGGAAGCCAGUGGUGAAGAAAGCGAAGCCGGAACCAUCGAAACUGUAGCUAAAUCAAUAAAGAAAAAGAAAAGAAAGGGGCCCAAAAAGAAACUCUCGAAGAAGGAAAAAGCUCGCCUUGCAGCAGAAGCAGCCGAAAAAGCAAAAAUAUCAGCAGAAGAAGAAGCAGCACGAGCUGCAGAAUUGGAACGAAUACGCUUAGAAGAAGAACGCAAAGCUGCCAUCGAGAAAGAAAAAAGAGAAACUUUUGAACAACAAAUCAGAAUGGAGCAAUUAGAAAGCGCUCUUCAAAUUUUUAACGAAGUGGUCAGUUACAACAAGAAACUAAGACAUGAUGCGAAGAUUCAAGAAGACUGGGAGUUCUAUGUGAACUGUGGUCGACUCCCAAAUCCGGCCAAGUGUGACCAAAUGAAUACUUUUCUGCAUUUGUGGGAAAAUAUGGUCGAACAAACGACGAUGGAAGAGGCGGCGAGACGAACGGUGGACAUGUUGGAACUUUUGAACGAAUUGGACGACUUGAUUGACACAGCGGAAGAAACCGACCAAUCGGUGAUUGACAACUGGAAGUGGGUAAGGUUACUCUUCCGACAACAACAGGCCAAAAGUCUCGACGUUGCCACAUAUCGAUUGUUGCGCGACAUUGAGCGGAAUUUGAACCGAAUUAACAUCCCAACGGCUGAUUACAAGUACCAAGACGACAACAUCGUCCUUUGUUUGUGGCUAAGGGUACAGCUGCCGACCCCACUACCCAAUCCUAGACGGCCACCUAAACCCCGGAUUGAAGUCAAUUUCCCGGAAAUGAAGAUGGAAGUGCAAUUUCCGGUCUCGAUAGACGGCGACAAAAUGGCGGUACGCACGCUUUACGUCAAAUACGACCAUCUGAGUGACUUGAGUGACACUUAUCAGAAACCGGAAGUACCGGAACAUUACGACACAGAUUUGUAUGAUGCUAUGAAAAUUGAAUGGAGGGAGAAAUUACUCUACAAGUAUAAUAAUAGAGUAAGGAAAGAACGGCCCCCUCCUCCACCGGGAGAAGAGGAAGUACAGGAAGUCCAACCGGAAGAACCGUUUUUUGGACCGGAAGACGAUAUCCCGGUUGUGCCGUACCGGAAAUUGGAGCCUACUGCAAGCGAAUACGUUAUUGCGAGCGAAGACGCCCUCUAUAAUGAAACUCGAACAAACCUCCUCAAAACUGUCAACGACCAUGUUGUCAAUUUGCGCAAAUUUAGUAUCAUAGGUGGCGUUUAUUCCCUCAAUUUACUCAAACAGCCGCCUCAACCUCAAGAUUUCGUUACGCUUGACAUGAAUUUGACCCCUUUGUAUCUCCCCAAACAGCUCGAAUACGUUGAUCUUUACUUGGAUUAUAAUCCUCCUUUGCCCCCGCCACCGGGCGUGCGUCGGGCCCCUGAAGAAAUCGAAGAAGACAUGAAGAAACAAGAAGAAGAACUCGAUAAACUUAUUUUGGUGACUUUGACUUGGCCUGAUCACGUGGUUUUUCUUGAAUUACCCAUGGUGUGUUAUUGGGACGAAGAAAGUAGAGUUUGGACGAAGAAAGAAGUUCAUGAUUUGAAACAUAAUGAAGAAAAAGGCCAAUUGACGUUUAGGACAAGGAAAGGUGGGACUUUUGCAUUGGCUGUGUACAGGUAUGCUAACCUACCGUACCAAGCAUGGGAAAUCCGUCCAGAAGCCAAUGGCACUAUUUCGGUACAAAUUACCGCCGCCAUCUUGAUGGUGGAGUUUAAUGUCAAAGACGGCUUGAUUGCAUUGUCGCAAUUGCAAAACAGUCCGAAUAACGCGUUGCAAGACAUUGUCGGGAUGUAUUUCUCUCUCCCAAAGUUGGUUCGGAUGUUGCAAAGCGCGGGAAUUGACGUCUUUCCCGCAUUCGACGCUUUUUGUUACAUUGAAAACACUUGUGAAAAACAUUGGCCAAUGGAAAAACACUUGUAUUUCGACAUGGCCGUAUUAAGUGUCUGUUUCAACUUUGCAUGGUCUCGGUGGAACAUGGCAGCAGGUCGCAGAGGCAUAGUUCUUCAAAUGAGGGAAUAUAAUGUCGAGAAAACCAAACAGAAAAAUCAUUUAAUGCUUCAUGUUACACCACUGACUGCUAUGUACGUCGACUGCACUGAAGUUAGUCAAACAUUCACAGAGGAGGGGAUCGAAAAUAUGAAGUUUUAUCCCGAUUUGUUUCAUUUGAUGAAAGGGACGUCCAGUAUGGCCGUGAAGAAUAAAAUUGCCAAGGCGACGAAAGAAGUGACUUUUGCAUUGUAUGAAUUACUGAUUGCCACUCGUGUGGCAAGUUUUUCGUAGAUUUUCACACAAAUAAAUCAUAAA